AUUGUGGCAACGGCUGGUAAUCCUGGUGCAGUACCAUUGCGUGGUACCAAUAUGGUUGGAGUACCACGAAGUCAGGGUCCGCCUCCACCAUAUCAUCAAACAACUCGAUCCGCCAGUGUACCAAUUGCGAUUCAAAGUCCGAAUCCAUCGUCGCCCAACAAUCCAACCAGCAAUCUAUCGUUACCAUCACCGCGCGCGAGUUCAGCUCUGAAUUCACCAGCAGACUGCAACAGACAGUUCCAGCUUGGUAAUCAAAGGACCAGCCAUCUGCCGGGACAGAGUCCGACGAGUCAGGAUUCACCGAAUCCAACAGUCGCCACGGCAGCUACAGCGGCCGUUACAACAACGCGGUUGAAUCAUAGCAAUCCAGGAACACCAGUUUCUCAUUCCCAUAUUGCUGCCCUUAGUCCCAGUGGUACUACUGCUCAAAAGGAUACUUCGCUUGAUUUUCCUACCAAUCAACAACCAAACGUGGAUGGUAUGUUUUGCCGAACGUUACAAUCCUUAGCUCAACAAAAGCAGCAACAUGCUGGAAACGUUAAUGCGUCAGCCGUAAAAGAAGCAAACCUGAUGCCCGUACCGAGUCCCCAUCAACUUCAAUACCUUAGCACGUUCGAAGGACAGGAAUUGACCAUUCAAAAACAACCUAAUACAAGUUUAAAAGAUGGCAAUUCAUCUACGAACGCAGGCAAUUCGUCGGAGAUGCCCAAUAGAAUCUUGCCAGGAAGUCUAGAUAGCAACAAUCAAUUCCCUACUAGAUCGGAGGGUGCGAGUCCCGUUCAAAUGGACAGUAUGAAUCGAGCCUUUGCAGGUUCUCUACACAGUCCCCACACGCCUCAUACACCACAUACGCCAGGUAGUGCUGCACCACACACUCCAGCGGACCCCGCGAAAUCGGGCAAUAAAUCCAGCGCAAGCGCGCAAAGUAGUCCAACGCCGCAUAACACCAGCAUACCCGAUAGUAUGGGUCCACCACGAACGGUACCGGCGUCGCCUACCAUGAAACCCGACACAUCACCACCAUCCGUGAAAGAUACUCAGCAACAACAGCAACAAACGCAAUCGCAACAGCCACCACAACCACAGCAGCAACAACCGCCGCCGCAGCAGCAACCCACGGUGGUGAAUCCGAAUAAUUCUGGUAGCACGACGGUAGUAUCAUCGUUGAGCGGUCCCGCCGGUGCCGCUUCUUUCCCCUGUGGCAGGCCAUCCAUAAAUGUGAGCCAACCAUCUGACAACGUGCCUCUCAAUCCCAAUAACAUCGGCGGUCGACUUGGCGGUUUGAACACCAUGGGUACAAAUUUCGAUCCGAUAACAUCCCUGGCCCAAAUGAGUCAGCAGCUGACAAAUACGGCAGCGAGUAACUCGCUGGGCAACGAGCCUAUGCAUUCCGGCAACACGGCUGGCAUGAUGCCGUUCGGCAAUCCGCAUGCCGCCAGUAUGCAUAUGAUGCAAAUGGGCGGCGAGAUGAAUGGAAGCUGUCAUAUGGGAGCGACUAGCGGUGAACCUGGUAACGAGGUUGGCGGAAUGUGUAUGGGUCUUGCAGGCCCACCAACGAGUUAUAGUCCUACGACUUCGCAUACGGGUAGCCCCGGUGGUGUUCCCAGCAAAAUGGGACAUCCGAUGAUGGGUGGCCACGGGAUGAUGGGUGGUCACUCAGGUGUCGGUGCGGCUGGUGCUGCUUAUCCUGGUGGUGACCCUGGACACGCGCCUCCACCAAGACUGAUGACCGGCCAUGGGGUUGGGGGCCCCAGUCCUUACAACGGCGCGAAUGUUCAGGUGAAACCGAACGCGCCCAACACUAUACAAUACUUGCCGGCCAGGCCAAAUGUCGGACAUGCGCCUCCUCGGGGCCCACCUAGUCUGGAUUUCCUUCAGCGAUUCACUAAUCCGCUGUCCAAUUUGGAGUCAAAAAUGGGAGGAACACCUUCCGUGAAUCUUCAGUACUUCCCGAACGGCUGCGUGCCGAACAGUAUGGGGGGUCCGCAUAGCGGCAUGCCGUCCAAUAUGAAUGCCGCCGGGAUCCCAGGUAUGGGCGCUUCACCCAGAAUGGAUGGACAAUCCAUGAACACCUCUGGCACCAUGCACCCGUCCAUGAGACCAGUCGGCAAUAUGCGACCACAACCGAAUUUGAUGCGGAUGCAGCAUAUGGUAGGUGGCGGCGUCUUCCCAGGCGGUUCCAUGGAUUCCGAUAAAGUCUUCCCGCCCGACAUGGUGUCGCAAAAUCUGCCGAAUCAACCGAAUCCGGGCAUGUACGGCGUGUCCGGCAACAAGGCCAAUCCGAUGGGACUGGGACCGCCGCCCGACGCUACUCAGCCUCUACCGCCGAGUAUGGGCGGCGCGACCAGCAACUUCAAAACCGGCCCAUUCGUCGGCAGCGGACCCAGCAUGUCUGACCCAAAUUAUGCUCAACAAUUUCACAACUUCCAGCAGCAACUUUACGCCACUGGUACCAGAGGCAGCGGGCCGCCGCAUCCUAAUCUGCAUCCACCGCCGAACUCGCAUUCGCAUCAACAAUUUUUCAUGCCGAAGUAAACGCUGCCCGGUAUCGAUUCAUAUCGCGACGAUGACGAUAACAGGAACGAGAACGAGAACGAUGAUGACGGGAACAAGGAUGAUUUUUACGGUGGCCUUUCAUCCCUCUUUUUCUCUCUUUCUCAAUAUCUCUUUUGCUCUCUUUCUCUCUAUCCAUCUAUCUCUAUCUUUCGUCUCUAUCAGGGAUGUUUCUAUUAAUCACGCGAGAUAAUUCUGGAAGUGUAAACUGUGCUGACGAUUUUGCGAAGGACAAAGAGAAAGAAGUAACGAUGGAUAUUUCCGAGCAUCGCUAUGCUACUUUCGAGGAUAAAUCCUGACUGGCGUGCAAAAAUUCUAGUUCUAUUCUUGAUUUCUGUACGACAUUGACGUGUGUAUUAUAUUAAGAUCCUUUUUUCUUUUUUCUUUUCAAUUUCUAGACUACAAUUUGGUUGUAUUUCCAAAUGUGUUAUCUCCACUUGGAAGUGUUGUCUCUAAUCGAAAUCUUCCAAAACAAUUUGUAAAUUCUAAAUAUUAACGGAAACGCGUGAGUUUUCUCCCAUGCGUUCGUGUAAAUAUUGAUGUACAAUCUGGUUUCUUAUUUUUUUUUCUUUUUAUAGGAGUCGUUACUUCAGUGAUCGAAAAGCACGUUGUUAGAUUAAGAAAUAUGUUAUUACAACUCGAAUGUAAAAAAGAAAUAAGAGAGGAAGAAAACAAGCGAGAUCUCUUCUCUUCUUAUACUACUUUGUUCAUAAUAUGGUUGCUCGGGGUUAAAAGUAAUCGUGUGCAAAAUAGUGCAUGGUAAGAUGAAUGAGAGAAUUUUGGUACACCAGUGCCGUAAUUCAUCCUUCCUUUAUCACUAAAAUACUUAAACACAGUCAAA